UCCAAGUGUAUAUGCUCAUUUUUAAGGUUAAUUUUUUUCCUAUCAUAAAGCAUUUUAAAAAAAAUUUCCAAACGUCAUUCAUAAGCUCUAUAAAUGAGCAAAGAAAGGUUUUUUUUACGUGUCCGAAAUAUAGCACAUUCACUAUACUUUCCCACCUUUAUGAAGAACAUGCCAUGUUGAACUCAUUUCGAUCUAUCAAAUUCUUCGUAUUCAGUUCUAUUUUUUCCCUCAGAAUACCUUUUAAUUAGAUAAAAAAUCAAAAUUGAGUAAAAAAUGAAUCUCUUAGCGCUAUAAACGUAAGGUUCAUGACACCCCCACUUGAGAUAUUGAAACGCUUGAGAUGAAGUGAGAUACUUUGGAUCAAAUGCAUAAGGUGUGCUUAGUGCUACAGUAUAUGAGCGUCACAUCCUCCAAUCAUCAGCUCUAAUUCUAAUUCCCAGAGUAGUCAUCUCUCACCACACCUUUAGAAUUUUCAGAUUUAAUAAGAAAGUAAUUUUAUAACUGUUCCAUUAUAUUUCACAAUGGAUGACGAAUACGGGUACGCUGGAAACAUGGAUUGGUCACAACCAGUGGAUUCCGACGCAUAUGAACAAAAAUCUUUGUCUACAUUUGAUAAUGGAAAUGAAAGAAAUAUUUUUGACACUAAAGUAACUGAAGAUCCUUUAGAAUCAAAAAAUUAUCAUCAAAUGGAUACUUUAAGACAAACAAAAUCAGCACCAAAGGAAGAUAUGCCUCUUUUAAAUAGUAACUCUGAAAGUGAAAAUCCAACAACUAACACACUUUCUCCAUCAAGUGGCACAGUAAAUAUUCAACCUACUACUGUAGAUUAUAAAGAAAAUCAAGAGCAAGAGGAAAUGUUGCAAAAUUCAAUAGAAAAAUUUCCAAUUGAACCAAGUGAACCAUCAUUACCUGAUGAAGUUGAAGGUGCAGGUGAUCAAAUUCGAACCAUUGACUAUAUAGGUUUUGAAAAAGUUUUUAAUGAUCAUGACAAUGAUGAACGGUUUGAAAAUUAUUCUGAUGAUGACUGUUGUACUAAAACUGGGCUUCUCACAUUUUUAGCAUGUUUUUGUGAUUGUUUUUGUGGCUAACAAGAAAUUGAUAUUUGUACAAAAUAACAUUGCAGUAUUUAUAUUUUGUAAGAUUAAUUUUAAAUGCGCUUUUAAAUAUUCUAUAUAAAACAUGUGAUAUAUCAGAAAAAACUCAUAAGUACAAUUGUAUUCUGAAGUGCCUUUAAUUAUACACAUUAGAGUUUCAUUGUAGAUUAGAAUGAUUUUAUAAAAUUAGUAUUCAUAUAAGUGUAUGAAACCUGAUGUGAUAUGUUUUGUAUACAUGUUUGUGACCAUAUAGAUAAUUAAUGGUAUCUAUUGAAAAUAAAAGAAGCGAUUUUAGUUAUUAUUAAAUUUUGCAAAAUGAAAUGAUGCAAUAAUGAA